AGACAUUAAACUUAAAAAAACAAUGACAACGAUACAAACAGUAAACUCGGAGAAAAACCAUGAAUAAUUUUAUCGAUGUGAAAGUCCCUUGACAGUUUAGCCUACCAAUAUAUUUACAGUGUGUAUUUAUUUAGACAGACAUUCUUUUUAUAGAUUCUACAAACAAAAACUUGAGUUUUUGUAGUAUUGUGUGUAAACAAAUACACACAUAUUCGAUCUAGAAAACUAGAUCUGGAUGUAGAUUUUCGAAUCUAGAUGUAGUACACUCAUAUGCGUAAUCCAUAAUUUAUCACCAUGACGGAAACUGUACACGUAACCGGCUCGAUUAGGUCUCUCUCUUCACACAAAACGUCUGUUUCCGAAAAAUACAACAUCCGAAUUCCGAAGAAAUCUCAUGUAAAGUUGGACCCGAUCGAGAAAGAUCUCCAGCGUUUUAUCCCGACGAUUGAAGUAAGCAAGGUGCUUGCUGCGUAUCAAGAAACGAUAAAAAAAGUAGAAAUCGUCACGGCUCUGCCCUACAUCAUGGAGCAAAUUUGCCGCCUGCGGUUUCCGUUUGGUGUUGAUUUAACGAACGCGAUAGAACGACACUACAAGAUACAAAACGCGUACCACGAAGCUCGAUCCCGCGUAGACCUGCUUCUCAACACAAAGCGGAAACUCAUUGAGAAGAUCAGGUUUCUCCACGAACAGAUGGAAGCAAAAGUAGAAAACUCGAAACAAGAUAAUGCCUUCUACGAUUUCUUCCUCGACAGCCCUUUACUCUAUGCCGAAGAUGAUUUCGAUCGUGAAAGCGAGGUCAAAUGGAAUUUGGAGUCUUCCCAGCAGAAGGUAACGGAAAGUGAUCUAACCCAGACGCAGACCGCCGACAAGAAUUUAUCCACUGAAGAGAAGCUGGAAGAAAAACCAUCCGAAGAAAAACAAUCUUCGGAGGAAAAGCCAUCUUCGGAAGAAAAACCGUCUACGGAGCACGACAAUAAGCUUGAUAGCAGCAAUUCAGACACGCCUUACGUGAAAACAUCCGGCAAGACGACCCCGAAAGACGAGGAAGCUGUUUCCAAGGACAGCAUAGAGAGCGAAGAGGACCAGAAGCGCCUUGCCGUGGACGACGAGGUCCCGUCGAGGAGAUCGUCCAAUCGAUCAAGCACGAGUUCCCGGGCCAGCAGGUACAUAGAGCUGCCCGAGAACAACACCAUCUCGGACAUCAAGCUGACCAUCGCCAUCUACGAGCCGCAGAUUGAGGAGGCGGUACGCCAUCUUGGUCUCAUCGCCACGACGGUGUGCCAUUCGCUCAAGAACAUCCUCCGUCUCUACAUCGCCAACCCCCUAGCCGCCAAAGCCCUUGAGAGCCACAAGUGCAUCCGGUCUGAAAACUGCGAGGCUCUGCUGGAUCUUCUUCACGAGCUGGGUGGGCUGGUCAAGGCGCAGAUGAUGGUCUCGCCCGAGGAAGACACGAAGAACAAGGAGUACCUGGAGAGCAUCCUGCGGAGGGAGGGCAUCACGCAUAAGUACAUCGCCAUGUUAGAAGACGAGCUCAAGAAAGCCGUGGAAGAUAUGGAGGUUGAGCUUCAGCAGAAGAAGAUCCUGAUAGAGAACCUGCAAAUGGACCUCACUCAGAUCGAAUCGUUCUCAAACGAGGCUAUUCGGAGGACACUGGCCAACUCGGAAAAGAUCGAGUUCAACUGUGCUAAGAAUAGCGAGCAGCGGACCAAGCUGGUUCAGAAGGAGAUCGAUGCUCUGGAGGAAAAACAUAGAGCGGAGUGCAGAGAGAACAGGGAGAUGGAGUUGCAGUUGAGAAAUGAAAAGUAUAAGGUAGAGAACGAGUUAGAAAACAUGAUCAAGAGAUACGACGCAGAAAUGAACGAUAAAACAGACGAAUAUCAACACAUCGAGCUCGUUUACGAAGAGGAGAAGAAAGUUCUGGCGGAACUCGAGGAAACGUUCUUCAACCUGGAGCGGGAGUACAACGGCAUCAUGGAAGAGCGGCGGGAACAGCGCAUUCGCAAAGACUGGAAAAUCCGGGAGGAGAAACGUCUAGAAAAGAACGUGAACGUCAUCCAGUCUUUCUGGAGGGCGUACGUCGUUCGGAAAAUCGCCAAGAAAGACGCCAAGCGGAGGUUGAAAGAGGAGAAGAGAAAAGCGAAGGAGCUGGAGGAGAAAGAGAAGCAGAGGGCUAUUGCGGAGGAGAAAGCGUUGAACAGAAGUUCUAGUACUGUUCAGGCGAAGCCGGUUAAAAGUAGUUCUAGUGUAGCGUAAGGGAGGGUGCCUAGCGCGUAACAGCUCAGGGAAAUGAAACAGACUUCAACGAACAAGACAACUGUGGAUACUUGCCUUACAUCUCAUUUAAUUAUCUUGAUAAAGAAAACAAAUUACUUCAACUUAUAUUUUUGGACUGGAUACUAGACAUUUAUUAUUUUUUAACGAUUCAUAUACAUUUUUAUUUCCUGUCAGCUAUACAACAUACAAUACGACGAGACUUAAAAUUAAUGGACCGACGAAGUGAAAUCAUAUGUGAAAUGUGAUUAUAUACAAUACAACGCGUGAUAUGGAUGGAGAACGAAUUUGAAGACUACAUUAACAUUAGCAAGAUGUUAUGGCUUCGUAUAGUGAGCUCUGACGGGGUCGCUAUGUUGUAUGCGGCGUGUUUGGUUUUGUUAUGAAAAUAAAUG